UUUAUCGCAGUUAUUAUUAGGUGUUUUAAUCAUUAUCUACAAAGUGCUAGAGUUUGCAAGUUGAGGUUUUCUCACUAUCGAAACAAGUAUAUGGCGUUUUGUGGUAAUAAGUUAUAAUGAAUCGUUUGUUGUUUUUGAGUAUUAUUUCAAUAGUCAUCAUCACUGGAGAAACAUUAAUAUGUUACGAAUGUGAACUUUGUGACGAUGUUAAAACAGCCAAAAAUGUAAUUAAAACAAAUUGUACUGAACAGAUUCCACUUGCUCGUAGUGUUACGUGUGCAAAAUUGGACUAUGUGUUAUCAAAUGGUACUACCGGAACUCAAAGUCGUGGUUGUUUGAGGUCCUUUGAGACAUACAGCAUAUCGCUUCGAGCAAGUAAUUCGCACGCAUUUGUAAUAAGCCAGAGUAUUUAUUAUUGUAAUGACACAGACUUAUGCAACAAUUCUGAAUCACUAUAUUCAACCUCAACUAUCAUCUUUAUAACAAUAGUUACAUUUAUCUGUGCUAUUAAAAAUAUAUAUUGAAGUAAGCUCUUAUGUAACAAAUAAUGGAAAUGUUAUCAUUUAAUUAGUAUUAUUCCAAGUAAACUGCACAUGAAAGUGUAAAUAAUUAUUGUUAAAACAACAAUAAAUUUGUUUCUUAUGUUCU